ACAUUUGACAUCUGGGUGUAGAUAGAAAAUUAAAAUAAUUAGCAAUUUUCCACUUAAUAACGAUUUAAAUUCCAAAACGUUUUCAUAAUGUAUUUAUUCAAAGACAGUAUAUCUGUAAAGUGAUCGGAAUGCGCGGUUUUUUGUGUUUAGAUUGUCUGCAACCGUCGUCCAAUCAAUGGGGGCACCGUGAAGAAUUUUCAUUGACGAUGACACUUGAUGCAAAUUUUAGAAAUUACGCCUUCACCUCUUGAUUGAGGUCAAGCGUGCGCAAAUGAAUCGCCCAACUUCCGGGAAUAAAGUCCACAGGAGGGCCGAAUCGGGUGGACAUCAUCGUCAAAGCUCCUCCGGUUCCGGCCAUCACAGAUCCGAUUCGGCUCAAAGCUGCGACCUGGACAUUCAGCACGAAACGAAACAUCACCGCUCACGAUCGGGACCUUACGAGAAGAACGAGUUGCGGCACGAUUCCAGCGGAUCUCAACUGACGUCAAGAUCGAGCAUGAACGAGACACCCUACCCUCGUCCGACGUCGUUAUUUCCUACAAGUGGUGAUAGCAAUGACUCGUUACGUCUCGAGCGGGAGCCGUUAAAGUUCGAAGUUAAUUUGGUCGGUGCGCCGCCUGAAGUCGAGCAGCUUGUGAAUAACAUCAAACAGGUUGCGGAGCAGUUCUUGUAUCAUUGGAAGAUGUUCCCUAUCGUGCUUCCCGCGCCGAUUUUCCAAAAAGAUCUGCUCCCUCCCCCUCAGCAAAUCGCCUCGGAUGGUUCUUUAGGGAGGUAUAAGAUUAAGUACCACCUUAGGGAAUUAUACCUGCGAGAUCUUUUCGUGGCGCCGUCGUUUGACGAGCUCGACGCGGUCGCCGUCGAUUCCAAGGGUGAACCGAGGAAAUUAACCGGAAAGCAACUGGAAUCAAUUCGAGAGAGGGGCUUGCACAAGGAUAAGUAUGGAAAGCCUAAACGUUUGAACUCCCAACAACUUGACUCAAUCAGGCACUUAGGUCAAUUCGAAGUUGAGUCGCUUAAUUUUCCUGGCCAGCAACACUGUUGGAGGCUUUCGCAACUUUUACAAAAGGGCACCGAACGAAGUCACGCCUCUCUUCUAAACGAUUUAGCGUUAGCUGUGCGAUUUUUAGUUGUAACCGCUAAAGAGCGACUGAUUUCACAUUUCUUUAGCGUUUCCGAAGCAGUCAAGGCGCUCGUCAAAGGUUUGCUUCGUAUUAUAGAUCUUCUAAUAGGACUUCCCAGUCUACAAGCUCAUAAUUUAGACGCAAAAAUACGCGAGGAACGUUGUAAAUACUUAGUCGCCGAAUUAAUUUGUCGACCGGAAUACGAGGAAUCGUUAGAGAUAAUCUGCACGUACGUACGAAGACAGCUGAGGAGGGCGGCGACCGAGAAGUUCGAGGUGACCCGCGAAUGCACGCAGCCGCCGGUUUCGGUACCUUAUCGUUAUUUAACUCCGUCAAAUAUAGAACUAGACUUACGAUUAUGGGAUAGACUGUUAAUGCGAAAGGCUCUUCCCACUUUGGUAGCUAUUUUGGAGAGAGAAACGAGAGGCUGGUUCCUGCAUUUUCGCGAGCGCCUGAUCGCGGAACUUCGCGCGCAGAAAUUGCCGGACGAAGAUAUAGAAAAGGAAGUGAACGAAGCUGUAAUGAGGGAGUAUCUACAACGAGUUUACAACAGCAUUCACUCGCAUCCUGAUAUUGUCAGUUUAGGUGAAGGUAUACCUAAACUGUUUGUGGAACAAGCACAAAGUAUCGUAUUAAUGCAUAAGGCUUUAGAAAACGUCCAGCAUAGACUUUUAAAAUCGCAAGAAAACGUUAAAACAAGACUGUGCAACACCCACCCAGUUUUAUCGCGAAUAACGCCAUGGUUACAAUCGCGUUUGUUGGCCGCCGAGCAGAAAUUUAAGAACGACAAUCAGUGGAGCGGGCACGAGGAGGGUUUAACUUUGUGCAACUCCGAAAGGUUGCAUCAGGCCAGCUACUUUCUAAAUCGUGACCUCGCGUUUAUGCGUGAGCGAGAACCCGCCUUGCUACGCGAGUUACGUAAGGUCAAAACGCCGACGCGCAAUUUUUUGUGGCCGACGCAAAUUUGGGUGCCGACCCAUUGGAUUGUCCGACGCAAUUUCCAAGGUCAGUCCGAAAUUGUUCCUACUGUCUUAAGUAAGCAAGCGACGAGUAUAACAACUCCUAGAUCCGAUCCUAGUCAGCCGGUAUUUUUAGUUGAAAAAGAAACAGUGCGUACGACGACCACCAGAUGGCCGCUGUGGCGAAUUUUUAAUUACUUCCACCGUACCUGGUGUUGGACUUGGAACGCCGUAUUCUUCUUUGGAAUUAUCCUACCGUGGUGCAGUCCGAUCGGUUUGCGAGCCCUGUUUUGCAUUGAACCAUUCAUGCCAGAUUUGGAACUGUCACAAGUGAAUGGCACUUUAUUUCCUAGAAAAAGUAGCCUAACCGAGACGUUAACCUCGAGGUUGAUAACGUUGUGGAGGCACAUCUCGAAAUCUCGAACGUACUUCGAAACAAAACCGGAUACCGGAUUUAUAGGGAAGGGCUUCACGAGACACAUGAAUCGGAUUUGGAAUUAUUUCAUAAAAGGUUUAUUCGGGACGAUUGUCUUAAUUGUAAUUUUACCGAUUGUUUGCAUUGUUACCAUUGUUAGUAGUAUGUUUAUUGCCGCUACUGCCGUGGCAUGGAUGCCUGCAUUGACGUUAAUAAUACAGUUAACCAACGCCCUUAUUUAUGAUUUGGAUAGUCCCGAGCCGAAGAGGAAUCGAUUUUUUGUUAUAUUCGAAGCCGUCGUUUGGAAUAUAUUGAUAAUGGGAUGUCUGCAACCAUUUCUCGCCCUUUUUGUUGUUUUAAUCAUCUGUCCAAUUAUUUCAAUUGUCAUCUUGGCAGUGGGAAUCUCUCGCUAUUGGCUGAGAUUAUUGUGGGAUUCGAUCAUUUUCCACUUAAUAAUAAAGAAACGCGGAAGAGUACCGGCGAGCGAUAGCUUUGUGGUGAGGCGAGUGGCCGGACCGGGUUUGGCCUCCGACUAUUACUUCCAAAUACGUCCCGAACAGGCGCUGGCGGCGUUCGAGGCGAAAAUGGAAUGGGACGAACUCGCCGCCUACCAAAUCGUAAUGGAGCAGACGAUUUUGCAGCCGCAAAAGGACUUUAGUCAGUUUGUGGAGGCAUGUUUCGGUAGUUUCUCAACACAGCUGUCCAAAAGUGGGCCGUACAAGGUUCUGGAGAAGGAAGGGCAAGAUUUGAUAGCGGUUCUACACGAGAAGCUGGAGAGGAGAAGGCGCGACCUACAGACUGGGCUAAGUGUCAGUAUUAAGAGUAAAAUUAAACUGACAACUGCCGACUUGAAGAUUGCGAUUCAACAAGGUGCGCUCAUGUUGGAGCGUUUCUACCCAGUGCGCAUUUUGCCUAAGUUGGGUUGUACGGAGGAACAAUUUUGGGAGAGCCGCGGCUUGAGUGCGGGCGAUUGGGCCGGAUUGGCCAGCCUUCUGUACUCUGAAUUAUUCAGCUUGGAUAUUCUGACGCCCCUCGAUCACACCGAUACGAGUUUCCGGUUGGACCCGGAUCCGCAAGCCGACCUGAGUCGGUACACUGACAUGGUUCAUAGUGCUCAGUUGGGCGCAGGCGGUCCGGAUCUGCUUGGUAACGUAUAUACACCACGGGGAAACAUUCAGGUUCACUCGCCAUAUCUUGAGGUGUCCGCUUUUAAUCCGCGCUCUAAGUGGUCUGCGACUGGGAAGAAAGUGGAGAAAAAUGAGUCGAAAUCUGCGUUGGGGUCGUUAAAGGAAGGAACGAGAAUUAGUUUGUUGAUGCCUUGGAAGAAACAGCUACACCCGUGCAUGCCCGAUAAGUUGGUGAUCCCACUGCCCAUACCUCAUCCGGCGCAUAUUGCCAUUACAAUCUAUAAUCGCGAUUCUGACGAUCCUAUUUUAUUGGAAUCGGAAACGUGUCAAAAUAUCCUACGGGGAAUUGAAGAAAGUCACUCGUCACCUGAUGAUAUUGGUAUCAGCAGGUAUCGUGGAGGAGGCGAUGUUUUUGAAACUGCAAGUUCCAGCUCAGAGACAAUUGAAAGUGUAGAUAACGGUCUUGAUGACGUCAAGCAGAGCCAAUCAAUUAAUCAAGAUUCGACAGACGGCGUCUACCAAUGGACGCUUAGAGAUUGGGGUCAGCGCAAAAGAAAUAAUUCAGGUAGCAUCAGGGUGGAUUUGGCGAGUCCUGAGGAUGUCACCCUCGAUAGCGAUAGGGUUGUUUUUAGUACGUACGGUACCACUGUUUGAUCAGAUUUAUGUAACGUAAGUAGCUUUAUGUGAUUUAUUGAGCACUGAACUUUUCAAAUGUCAAUGUAGGGUUAUAUCAUAUUUUGAGUUAGGUGUUGUUUUAGAAAUUAUGCUCAAGGAAUAUGGUUCAAUUUGAUACAUAGAUUUUUGAGAAGUACCUUAUACAAAUUGCCUUUGUAUUCAUUUAUAACGUUAUUGCAAUUAGAGAUGCUUAUAGGUAUUGCCUGGUCGGGACCGGGGCGAUUUUGCCGAAUAGCAAUGGUCCAUUUUGAAAUUCUUGCUGGAGCUCUUCUUCAUGCAUGUUCCUCAAAGUUGGGUAUGGAAAUUUUUUACGUUUGCAGUAGCACUUGAUAGAAUAAUUGAUUAACAGUCAAUAAGUCAACACCAGAGUAAUCCAGAGAGUGCCCCAAAGUUCAAAAUCUAUUCAGUUCUUAUUUAAUUCACAGCUUAUCUGUGGGCGUGGUCAUAACAUAUUAAUUCUAAGGAGGUAGGUAUUACUAAAGUCACUAGAUAUAGAAAGUACCGCAAUCAUCCGCCAUUUUUGGGCAAAUUUGCUGCCAACUUAAAAAAAUUGACAAAUAAAAUCUGAAUAGCUGUAAUUUUUGAUAACCUAACUUCAUAGUACUGUCAUGUUCUAUAAAAAUAUCAUUGAACUAUAUACUCUGUAAAUGGAACGGAAUCGCCCAUAAAUCAGCCACUGCCAGGGGCCGUGGCAAAUUUUUGUGAGAGAGAGAUGGGUAGAGGUAGGUAUCCCUUACCUUGUUCCACUCAUGUGGGCUUAUGGGAUGGUUUAUACUACGUCUUACAUUUUGCUUAUUUUUAUCUAAAAUAAGUUAUUAAGAGAUUUGCAAGAAUGGUCAUGAACUGUGUUGCAUAUACGUGCAAUCAUUUUUAUAAUAAAAAUUCAAAUAUUCAAUUUCAUGGGUACGUUUUGAUAACAUUUUCCAACCUCGACGCACGCAUUUAUUAUUUUUGCGCAUGACGGGAUUUGCACCGCUCAGAUUUCUUUACUAAUGUACAGUCGUGGUCAGAAGUAAUGUCCUCCCUUAGAAACUGCAACUGUAGAAAAAGUACCAAUGUGUCAGUUUCUCCGUGAUUUAGUUCAAUUUCAUUUCAAUCUUAGGCAUUUUCCUCAUGUUGAAAAGAAGCUCAAAUCUCACAGGAGAUCCGGUAUAUUAAUUAUGUGCUACACUUGAGAUAAUCGAGGGACAUUACUUCUGACCAAAACCGUACCUCACACUCAUUUAUACUGUCCUUAUGAAUGAUAAUUCUUCUUUCGCACUCUUUAAUACUAAUUCAAUAGAAUAUUCCACUCGCCAGAGAGUAUAAUGUGAAGAAAAGCGUUAACGCCGCCAAAACCUAUAAAGCCGUUUUGACUUACUAAUUUGAAUAUGAAGUUCCUUAUUAUUUAAUUUUUCACUCAACGUUAUUAUUGAUACUGCUCACUAAUGGGGCGAAAAAUACCUUUAAGGAUUAUUUUUAUUAUUUAUUACCUAUUCCUUCGGCCUACAUUGAACGUACAUUAGGUAGCGUCAAAGAGUAAAGAUAAAAUAUAAAAGCAUACACAUAUCACACAUGUACAUAUAUCACAAAAGUUAAAUUAGAAAAUAUCAUGGUUUGCAUUUUCUACAUCCAUAUCUAUCCACAUAUGCUUUAAUGGUUUAGAAGCAGUUAUAUAUGAAGAACUUUUUUCAUUUCCCUACGAAAUAUUCCGAAGGAUUUGCAGGUCUUGAGUUUUUCCAAUGUAUAUACAAUGGUUUUUCUGGGGCCAAGUUAUAAAGGUGAGUUCCGGAAAAUAUGGGAGACCUUUUGUAGAAGGUGUAAUUCUGCCCUCACAUAACUCGGCGUAAGGUUCAUCUUGGGCAUUUUGGGUUAUACAGGGUGAUUCCUAUAGUACCUGCCACCGUUUGGGAGCGUAUAGGGGGUGCCUAGGGGAGUAUUUGAUAUAGGACACUUGGGGUCGGAAAUCUAAAAUAAGGGCGC